GACUGCGGAGGAGACACACCGUCUUGCUUUCACCCAUAUUUGCGCUAUGGAGGAGUCUAGUAGUUGACGUUUCCUGAAACCUUCUCUUUUAAGCUUUCUUCUGUCCGAUCAUUGAGUUCCCUGCCGCAGGUCCUUAUCGGGUUUAUCGACGUUUUCCAGUUUCGACGCUCGCAGCUUCACGAUGAAGUACAUCAUUGGCAUUGGCGGCGUAACGAAUGGGGGCAAAACUACCCUCACAAACAAACUCAUCAAGGUCUUGCCAAACUGCUGUGUGGUUCAUCAGGACGACUUUUUCAAGCCCCAUGAUGAGAUUGAAGUUGGUGAAGAUGGCUUUAAGCAGUAUGAUGUCAUCACUGCUUUGGACAUGGACGCCAUGAUGAACACCAUCUAUGCUUGGCUUGAGAACCCUGUGAAGUUUGAGAGAUCACACGGCAUCAACAACACCCUGGACACUGAGAUACUCCCAGUCAGCCAGAAUAAGGAUGAGAGAAUUCAUAUCCUUAUUGUGGAGGGCUUUCUGCUUUACACCUACGAACCUUUGAUCGAAGUUUUGAACCAGCGAUACUUCAUUUCCAUUCCAUAUGAAGAAUGCAAAAAGAGGAGGAGCGCCAGGAACUACACAGUGCCUGACCCACCGGGUCUGUUUGACGGCCAUGUCUGGCCAAUGUACGUCAAGCAUAAGAACAUGAUGGAGGACUCAGGAGUUGAUGUUGUGCAGCUGGAUGGAACUCUGUCAAAGGAGGAACUGUAUAACAGAGUGCAUGGUAACAUCCUCAACAACCUUCAGAAGACUCUGCAGUGAGGAGAGGGUGUACGCUCUGCUCAGGAGGAGAUGGGUCUUUUUUUUACGCCUUCAUGACAAACAGCGUCUUGUCCUAGCGCUGAGGGCAGCUUGUUAGAAGCCGAGCUGUCAGCAAAGUCCCUCAGCGUCUACUUUUUAUCAUCAGCGUUCUAUGCUGCCUUACGUUUUUUAUAUCCUCAGUGUAUAUUUAUUGCUUUCUCAACCUACUCUUGAGUAAAGAUAUUACCAGUUAAGACAAUGGUUGCCAAUAGAAGCACAUGUCAAUAAAAAUGACCUCCUGCAAACUC